GAGAAAUGUCAAUUUGCUCUAAACAACUCUACCUCCUAUAUACAUAUACCUUGGGGUAAAGCAACAAACUGUAGUGAAAAAGCUUGAAACAAGAACAAAAAUAAAAUUCAAUAGCAAAUAAAUUAGAAGAAGAAACUUGCCAAACUAAAGCCAAAGUGCAAAUCGUUUGCCCAUAUCUGCGGCAUAAACGUGACAGAGAUUGUUGUACCAUUCCGGUCGCCAGAUGAGAUUUGCUGCAAUAAUUCUGCCGGGGUGAAUCUGAACAGGAGAAAAAGGCGAGAAGAAGCGGAUGUAGCUGUGUAGUGCCAAGAAAUCGAAACACUGCAAAAAAGGAAAGCGAAGUUUGAUCCUUACCCGAACAGAACGGCCUAAACGAAAGCCACUGGCACCGGAACAGCAUUUUGCGACAAGUGCUACUCGAACCCAGAAUCGAUAAGGAUACAUUUCACAAACUCUUCUCUUUGUUGCGAGCGAUCGGACGCUGCCGAGAUGUCGUCCGCCGAAGCAGAAGAUACGGACGAUGAGCUCGAUUCGUAUCUGCAGCUGGAAGAAGACUUGCGAAAUAUAAAAUCCGUGAUUCAUGUAACUCGCGAAAACAUCGACGCGUUAAAUGCGAAAUUUGCCGACUUCCAGCAGCCACCGGCGCUGUAUCUUGAGGAGUAUCAAGAGCUCACCUCGAAGCUGCACGAUCUUGAAAUCAAGGAACAGGAUCUGAUAGAAAAGAAGCUACAGCUACAGCAUGAGCAGCUAAGCGAACCUAGCGAACCUCCCGAUCCGGAAGAACGGGUUGAGACGGAAAGCAUGUGUGGCACACUAAGCCGGCAAUCAAAGAUGUUGCUUCGAGCCUUCUUACCGAAUCAGCAGCGCACGUCCGUGCAAGUUAUUCCGGGGAUGCGGUUAAAGGAUGCGCUAGCGAAGGCACUGAAGCGUCGGAACCUGACGUGCGAGUUCUGCGAGGUAACGGCCGGCACCAAUGACUAUCCGAUACCGUGGGAAACCGACGUGAGCGCGCUGAACUGCGAUGAGGUGUUUGUGCGAAUUCUGGACAUUGGGUUUCCAACGUACAUUUCGCACCAGUUCAUUCGCAAAACGUUCUUUUCGCUUGCAUUCUGCGAGUGCUGCCGCCGUCUGCUCUUUACCGGUUUCUACUGCAACCAGUGUAACUAUCGAUUCCACCAGCGAUGCGUUGACAAAGUGCCACCGAUAUGCAGUAAGCGACACAUGGACAGCACAUUCUAUCAUGUGCUGUUGGCGAACCCCGAGAGCACGGCUGGCAUCAUCAAUCCGGGUGCUGGUGGGUACAGUACCAGUCUGCGACAUCCGCGUUCACUCAAUCAGCAUGACCGUUCCAACUCGGCCCCGAAUGUUUGCAUCAACAAUGUGAUAAAGCCGUUCUUUGGUGGGGAAAGUCGAAACGUGAUCAGCAAUCGACCGCUACAGGCCCAAGCAAAUCAAGAGCAUUCACAUUCCACGCAGGCAUCGCCCACUAACACGCUGAACCACAGCAAAAGACCGCGGGCCCGAUCGGCAGAUGAAAGCAAUAAGAAUCUGCUGUCACCGAGAGAUUCCAAACAAUCGGACGAGAAUUGGAACAUCCAGGCGGAAGAGAUUUUAAUAGGACAACGAAUCGGGUCCGGAUCGUUCGGUACAGUGUACAAGGCGCACUGGCAUGGACCGGUGGCAGUGAAGACGCUGAACGUGAAAACUCCCAGCCCGGCACAGCUGCAAGCAUUCAAGAAUGAGGUUGCAAUGCUCAAAAAAACGCGUCACUGCAAUAUUCUGCUCUUUAUGGGUUGUGUAAGCAAGCCGUCUCUAGCGAUCGUGACGCAAUGGUGCGAAGGCAGCAGCUUGUACAAACAUAUUCACGUGAAUGAGACCAAGUUCAAGCUGAACACGUUGAUUGACAUCGCGCGCCAAGCCGCUCAAGGGAUGGAUUAUCUGCACGCGAAGAACAUUAUUCACCGUGACUUGAAGUCGAACAACAUUUUCCUGCACGACGACUUUUCCGUGAAGAUUGGCGAUUUCGGGCUGGCCACCGCGAAGGUACGGUGGUCCGGCUCGCAGCAAUCCAAUCAGCCGACGGGAAGCAUUCUGUGGAUGGCACCGGAGGUGAUUCGAAUGAAGGAGCAGAACCCAUACUCGUUCCAGAGCGACGUGUACGCAUUCGGCAUCGUGCUGUACGAGAUGUUGACCGAACAGCUGCCGUACAAUCACAUCAAUAACAAAGACCAGAUACUGUUCAUGGUUGGCUGUGGUAAGCUGCGGCCCGACCUGACGAAGGUGCGCACGGAUUGCCCGCAGGCACUGAAGCGAUGCGUCGAGGACUGUAUCAAGUUCAAUCGCGACGAGCGCCCGCUCUUCCGACUGUUGCUAAACAUGCUGGAGAAUAUGCUACGCACCAUGCCCAAGUUCCAUCGCAGUGCAAGCGAACCAAACUUCACCCAGACGCAGCUUCAAAACGAUGAUUUUCUGUACAUGUGUUCGAGCCCCAAGACGCCGGUGAAUUUCCACAACUUUCAGUUCUACAACGGUGCGGGAAACUAUUGAAACGGUUCAACUUUAGUCCACCCAAUAAUUGGCAUCCGGCAGGGCGGACAUUCAAUGACGGCGUUUCCGCCAACACGCUUGUAAAUAAGUUCUUUGUAGCUUGUAUGAGGUUCGGUCGGUCCCACGAUGGACGAUGGAUUGGAAAAAGGCUGCUAAUAAUAAUAGUUACAAGUAAAGUAUUGCUCUACUAGCGGAAACAGCGAUUUUCGAUGUCGAACUGCUGUAACCAACGGUUCGACGAAUCUACUGCCCACCCCAAAUGAAAAUUUUAUUUCACGUUAUAGGACAUAUUAGGUUUACCAUUUGCCUCCUUUUGAUUGGACGGUGCGCAAGUUAAUAAGCUCCCUUUCAGUGAUUCUUGUGUAAUACUGAAUAAAACACGAACCUGCAAUAGGUACGGAAGGUUCACAGUAAAGAAUGUAUGACGUUUUUGUUAAUAUUCUACUUAUGGUUUGCGCUUAAAGUUUCUGUGAUUGUCAUCCUACGGUGUACCAGUCAUCUGUUGGACGUUCGUUUAGUGUAUUGCGGUCAACAUUAUUUAAGCCUCAAGCCUUGCGCUCAGUCUCAGUAGCUCAGUAGCCUUGUGCUAUGAACGAUUGCUAAGCUUAAGUCAAGAUUGUUUUCCUAUUCCGAACAAAGUCCAAACUAAUGUAUGAUGUAAAGAAGCCGAACCAAAAGCACUGAGCUAAGGGGGUGUCAAUGUUUUGUGAACUCUCCUUACUUAGGGUAAUUUCCUUUUGCGUAUCUUAGUGUUUAGUAGCAUAAUGUGCGACCUUUAAUGCUGUGAAUUAUUUUAAUUACGUUUAUGUUAUGCUUGUUGUCCAAACCGCUGUUUUAAUCUUCGUUCGUAGCGAUUUUGUGCUAAACAAAACACGUAUCUCUGAUUAACCCGACGACCCAUUCAGUAUUUCAGUAACGCCAAUGCUUGGGAUGCAUCGGCAGGAAUGGCAAUAGCGAAAUUCGAAGCAACUAACCCAACGCGCAUGACUUGGUGCAAACUAGGUUUGAAAAGCAUAACGAAAUGAAAAAAAGCAUAACGCACUAAUGAUGAUUCUAGUCGGAAAUUUCACAAGUAACGACGUUGAAGAUAGGAACGAAAGGACGACGGGGCAACAAGCAUUGGAACUAGGACAACCCGUACCGAAUGUGUGUGUAAAUAAAGUUAAAUAAGUAUCCAACUUCA